AUUGCCAGAUCCGCGCUGCCGCCAAUUCAACUCGACAUCCAACUCUCGAAUGUCGAUAUUGAGGCUUCGAAUUUCACCACGCCCACUGCUCGCUUUCGAUCAACCAGCAGCAUCAGUUCCGCCACACGUGCAGACCUCGUGCUACUAAAGCAUCUUAAGAGCAAACAACCUACAUAAAACUCUCGUCGAGGUUUCCUCUUCACACCCUAUAUCCCCAAACCUUCCGUUCAACAUCAUCAUUCGCUGAUGUCGGUUGAUCUUCGUGCGUCUCGUAGUUGUCUGCGCUUUCCAUCUCGAGUCGUCACAGUCUCGAGAGCUCAACUUUCUUCGGUUCACACUGGAGAUCUCACUAGACCAAUUGACAGGGGUUGAUCCAGAAACAUUGCCAGAGGCAACGUCGGAGAACAAGAAGCCGCUAAAUACAAAACCAGCCAUUGAAGAUGGCUCUUGCUCCUUGUGCUACCGUCCCAAUGCUUGAUGGGGCUAUGGUCCACGAGAAGCCGAAUUCGACAGCCGACAACAUUGCACCCACUACGACUACCCUUGAAGGAGUCCGAAUUGUCGCUCCGCAUGAAUACAAGGAGGCUGCUGCCUGUCUUGCUGAAGCAUUCCGCCUCGACAACGUCGUGCGCUAUGCCAUCGAUACUCCCGAUCACAAGCAUCUGACGGAAGCAGAACGGUUCGAAUUGCACAGGGCUGCAUUGGAAUACGUUACCUAUGCCCACUGCCUCAACGGUCUGGUCCUCACUGUUGGUGAGAACUACGACUGUGUUGCUCUUUGGCUGCCACCAGGGAAGGAUAUCGAUGAUUGGUGGACCAUAUUCCGAAGUGGUAUGUGGCGUCUCAGUUACAUGUUGUCCAAGGAGGGCAAGAUUCGUUUCUUUGAUGAAUUUCUGCCUUUACUACAUGACACAAAGCAGGAGAUCCUGGGCGAAAGGGAUGCUCAAUCUUGGUACCUCAACUAUGUUGGCACAAAGCCUGAGGCCCGUGGCAAGGGCUAUGCAAAGAAGGUGAUUCAGUAUGUCACUAAGCUGGCCGAUGGUCACGGACUCCCGUGUUACCUUGAGAGCUCGCAUGAUAUCAAUAUCGUCAUCUACGCCAAACUUGGGUUUGAUGUUAGGAAGCAGAUCUUCUUGAAGCGCGCUACCGGCAAGGAGCUUAGAAUGGAUGUUAUGGUGAGGGAGCCUGUGACUCGAGAGAAGAAUAGCAAGACCGAGUUGCCAAAGGCGGCUUAGAGACACAAUACUGUUCCUUUCCAG